GCACAGAUUACUAGUUAGUCUGUGAUAUUAGAAUCAAAAUCAAUGCCCGUUAGCAAUGGCUGAUGAUGUGGAGAAUGAUGAUAACUGGCUUUAUGGCGAAAACAAUGAUAAUGUUUUGAAAGAAACUGAUAAAGAGCCUAUUCCUGAUAGAGUGAAACCUUCUGAAGAAACACCUUCACCUGUAGCAUUGCCGCCUAUUGGUGAUGGCCCCCCAGGAGUUGACAACGAAAACGACAUUGAGAAUGAUGCACAAAAUGAUGAAAAAGAGGAAGGAGAGGUAGAAAACAAAUUAAAUGACGACGAUAGUGAUAAAGAAGAUUUAGAAGAAGAUAGUGAUGAUGAUGUAAAUGUUGUAAUUGGAGAUAUUAAAACUACACCUUCUUACACUGCCUUAAAUGUUAAGAGGAGCACACUUAUCAAUUCGGCAGCUGUUGACAAGACCAAACAGGUAGCAGGCAAAUUCACCAUUGAAGAAUUUGAUCAAGUUGGUAUGAUAAAUGGAGUACCUGCAACUGAUUACAAUUUAGAUUCUUUAGAAGAUAAACCUUGGAGGAAACCAGGUGCUGAUAUAACAGAUUAUUUCAAUUAUGGUUUUAAUGAAGAUACAUGGAAAGCUUAUUGCGAAAGGCAAAAAAGAAUUCGUGUGUCAGAGUCAGGGAUAGGACUCCAACCUUUAAAUUCUAUAGGUUUACCUCGUGGACCUGUUCCUAUAUCCAAUGAUAAUAGUAAAUAUGCUAAUAACUUUGCUGGUAUCAGAAAAGCAGGACCACCUCCUGGUAGAAGAAUGACUGGCUCUAUAGAUGUUCUUGGGGGUGAACAACCUAAGGAAAAUGUUAUACAGGUGAUGACUGCUGAUAGAAGAGAAUACAGCAGAAAACCACCUGGGUUUCCAGAUAUGUCUGUUCCCCCACCAGCAGCCACUUUUGAAUCAUUUCAACCAGAAUAUGGCUUUAAUCCGGAACCUGAUCCAUAUUUUGGUGGAUAUGAACCAACUCAAGAUUGCCAAUGGGGUGCAGUGAAUACACCUGCAUGGGCGCCUUCUGACAUCAAAUCUCUCACACCUGGUCCAGCUUCUAUGCCUCAUAAUAUGCCAAUGGGUCCACCAGUUGGUAUGUCAGGUCCUACUUUAUCAGUUAGAGAUAGGGAGAGGGAUAGAGAUCGUAGUCCCUCCCACCAUAGAGAUGAAAGAGACAGAGAAAGAGAACAUGAUCGAGAUAGGGAUAGAGAUCGUGAUAGUAAAGUCAGGGAGAGGUCCGAAAAGCCAAGAGAUAGAGAAAGGGAAAGGUCUCAUAGAAGAGAAAGGUCAAGGAGUAGAUCUAGACGUCAUAAAUCCAGGUCUAGAAGUCCCAGUCAUAGAUCUCAUAGGAAAAAGAAGUCAAGAAGGCACGAAGAUAGAGACAGUGAAUAAAUUCAAUAUUUUAAUUAUUUUCUAUUCAAAUUUUCCAUCUAGUUAUGUCAAGUUCUAAUCACAGUUUGUUAUUAAACUGAAACAUUUAUGAAACAUUUUCAUAAUGUGACUUAUGAAAUUUUAUUAUUGGAUUCAUAUGCAAAUUGAAUAAAGUCAUUAAUUUAAAAAAAAGUUAGACCUCUUAUUUUUUUUAACCCUGAUUAAUAUUGUAGAUGUAUUAUGUUUUUGUUAAUCAAAAAUAUCUCUCAAAUUCAAUAUAAUUGAAUAAUUUGAUCAAGAAUGUUUCAGAACAACUAACUCUAAAAUGCAAAUAAACAAAUAUAUUCAACUAAA